ACGUGUUUCUUUCAAUCGUUUCCUGUUUGGUAACAAGAAAACAAUAUGCAAAGGACACUUGGCGCAGCGUGCAGAACAACCAGCAGACUUCGGUUGUUUGGAAGCAGAAGCUACAGUUACGAAGUAGAUGAAGAUUUUCCGUCUAAAACUACUGUUGUCCGUAGUGACACACCAUAUGAAAAAAGUGUCAACAAGGUGACCUUGAUUGGAAGACUGGGAUCAGAUGUUCGAUUUGGUGGGGAUUCUCUCCAAUACUGCAAUUUUCGAAUGGGCACAAACCAUUUCUACACAGACAGAAACACAAAUGAAACAAAGCAAAGGACAACUUGGCAUAACAUUAAGUCAUUGAAACCCACCAUUUCAAUGAAGCUGCAAGAUGUCGGGAAGGGGUCACGUGUUUAUAUCGAGGGAAAGCUUGAUAAUGAUGAUUGGAUAGAUAAGGAAGGACAAAAACGACAGACAAUCAAUAUAUUGAUUGAUGAACUCAUUGUUUUACAAAGAAAAGCAAAAAUGGAAGAUGCUUUUGACACUAAAACCUUUGAAGAUAAUAUGAUGUAGUGUCAACAAAGUGGGACAGUUAUCUAUAGGGUCAACACAGUGAGACAUUUACCUGUAGUGUCAACACAGUGGGACAUUUACCUGUUGUGUCAACAAAGUUGGACAGUUAUCUAUAGGUUCAACACAGUGGGACAUUUAUCUAUAUGGUCAACACAGUGGGACAGUUACCUGUAGUGUCAACACAGUGGGACAUUUACCUGUUGUGUCAACAAAGUUGGACAGUUAUCUAUAGGUUCAACACAGUGGGACAUUUAUCUAUAUGGUCAACACAGUGGGACAGUUACCUGUAGUGUCAACACAGUGGAACAGUUACCUGUUGUGUCAACACAGUGGGACAUUUACCUGUUGUGUCAACACAGUGGGACAUUUACCUGUUGUGUCAACACAGUGGACCAGUUACCUGUUGUGUCAACACAGUGGAACAGUUACCUGUAGUGUCAACACAGUGAGACAGCUAUCUCUAUGGUCAACACAGUGGGGCAUUUACCUGUAGUGUCAACAAAGUGGGACAUUUACCUAUAGUGUCAACAAAGUGAGGCAGAAAUCUGUAGUGUCAACAGAGUGACACAGUUAUUGGUAGUGUUAACCCAAAUAAGACCGCUACCUUAAGCGUCAACACAACAAGACAGUUACCUGUUGUGUCAACACAGUGACACAGGUACCAGUAGUGUUAACACAGUGAGGCAGUUACCUGUAGUGUGACAGAAGGGACAGUUACCGAUAGCAUUAACACAGUGAUAGAAAAUACUUUUUUCUUUCACUUCCACCUUUGUUUUUAUUGUACAGUUAGCAUAAUUUUGUGAAAUUAUUCAAGUUAAGAUGCUGUUUGAUAUGCCAUUAUUCAUUAUAUGAUGUGGAAGACAACAUAUUGUUUUUCUCACAUGACAAUAGCUAUGUAAAUAUGUCUUGAUGAUUAAGUAUCAAACAUUUGCCCUUUGUUGCUUUUAUGUUACACAGUAUGUUUCUUGAGGCUGAGUUUCUUCAAUAUACCACAAGAUGAACUUUCAGCACCAAAGAGAAAAUACCUUAUACAGAAAUUUCAUAUUUAGCCCACCUGGCUCAAAUGGCUAAGUGAGCUAUAGAGAUACUGCAGUGUCCAUCGUCUGUCAACUUUUCCUAUAAAUCACAGCUAGUUAUAAAUGACUUAGUGGAUUUUAAUAAAAUUUGGUCUGACGUAUCCUUUGGGAAAGACAACCAGUGUUUGGUAAACAAAGGAUCUGGGUGAGGGGGGGCCCAAUAAGUAAAAUCUAUUAAUUUCUCUAAUAUCUAUCUUGUUCUCCAGGAAUUGCAGGGCACUAUCCAGAUUUUGUUCAAGUCAUGCUUAGAUGUAGGGAAGUCAGUUGUUUAUAAAAAGUGGGCCUGUGCCCCUCUGAGUCCAGAGGAUCAGGGCCCAAUGGGAAAAUUUACCAGUUUCUUUAGUUUUCUUUUUCUUUAAGAAUUGCAGAAUAAUGCCCAAAGUUGGUCUGAGGCAUGCUGCAGUGAAGGGAAACUAGUUUGGUAUAAACAGCCAGAGGGGCAGGGCCCAAUAUUAGAAAUAGAGCAUACUCCUUAAAAUCCUACUCCUAUAGAAAUGAUUGGAUUUUGCCAAUAUUGGACCUGAAGCAUUGUUUGACAAAAAGGAAUCAGUUUUAAAUAAACUUGAGGAUUCAGCGGUUUGGGGCGGGAGGGGUAGGACCAAGCAAGGGAAAUAGGGCAGAUUCUUUAGAAUCAUUAAUUUUUCUCAUGUAGGAAUGCUUGGGUUUUUGUCCAAAGUUGGUUUUAGACAUGCUUGGGACAAGGGGAUCAAUUUUGUUUGAACAAUGGGUUCUGGUCAACCAGGGUAGGUGGGGCAGGGCCACAUAGUGGAAAUACAGCAAAUUCUUUAAAAUCCUUGUUAUGUUGGAUGUCCAUAAAUUGUGCUAACAGACAUUGUCCACAACAUGUUCCAUCAGUUGUAGACAUCUUUGUAUUGCAAGCACAAUACCUUCAGUUUGUUGAAAUAGAAUUGAUAGACACCUAUUUUGAAUGUCAAUGAUUAUGAUGUUAUAUAUUUGUGAAAAACACUGUAUAUCAGAUGAGUAGUAUUGGCAAGUUUAGCCUUUUGUUUUGUUAAUGAAAAUUUUUCAUUGCUGAUAGUUUACCUGUUAUGUCGGCUGAGUAAAUAUAAGCACUUGAGAUACUGAAACUCAAAUAAAUUGCUUGCUAAACAGUGUUGUUUUGAAAGUGAUAUCAUAAGGAUUUCCUACCAGAUGUGGCAGAAAUGCUUUCAGAAAUAUGUGUGUGUGAGGCAGUUUAUUACCGAGAAAAAUUGUUAAAUAAUAAAUUGUGAAAAUUUUA